GCAAGAGAGGAACCGGUGGGCACGGAGCAGAGGGGUAAUUGGUGUAAAAUGGCGCUGUCUCAAGGAACAAAGAAGAAAGUUUGCUAUUACUAUGACGGCGAUGUGGGGAACUACUAUUACGGCCAGGGUCAUCCCAUGAAACCCCACAGGAUCCGCAUGACACACAACCUCCUUCUCAACUAUGGACUGUACAGGAAAAUGGAGAUCUAUAGACCACACAAAGCCAGUGGUGAAGAGAUGACAAAAUACCACAGUGAUGACUACAUUAAGUUCCUGAGGUCCAUCCGACCAGACAACAUGUCUGAGUAUAGCAAGCAGAUGCAGAGAUUCAAUGUUGGAGAGGACUGUCCAGUGUUUGACGGUCUGUUUGAGUUUUGCCAGCUCUCCACAGGUGGAUCUGUCGCUGGGGCACUGAAGCUGAACAAGCAGCAGACAGACAUCGCCAUCAACUGGGCCGGCGGACUCCACCACGCCAAGAAGUCUGAGGCCUCUGGUUUCUGCUACGUCAACGACAUCGUCCUGGCCAUCCUCGAGCUGCUCAAGUACCACCAGAGGGUAUUAUACAUAGACAUUGACAUCCACCACGGGGAUGGGGUGGAGGAGGCCUUCUACACCACAGACAGAGUCAUGACUGUCUCUUUCCACAAGUAUGGGGAAUACUUCCCUGGCACUGGAGACCUGAGGGACAUCGGAGCUGGAAAGGGCAAGUACUAUGCAGUAAACUACCCGCUUAGAGAUGGUAUUGAUGAUGAGUCCUAUGAAGCCAUCUUCAAACCUAUCAUGGCUAAAGUCAUGGAGAUGUACCAGCCAAGUGCUGUAGUGCUCCAGUGUGGAGCUGACUCUCUUUCUGGAGACAGACUGGGAUGCUUCAACCUCACCAUCAAAGGUCACGCCAAGUGUGUGGAGUACAUCAAAAGUUUCAACCUGCCCCUGCUGAUGCUGGGCGGUGGAGGCUACACCAUUCGCAACGUGGCCCGAUGCUGGACCUACGAAACCGCUGUGGCCUUGGACUGCUCCAUCCCCAACGAGCUGCCCUACAAUGAUUACUUUGAGUACUUUGGGCCCGACUUCAAGCUGCACAUCAGCCCGUCCAAUAUGACCAACCAGAACACCAACGAAUACCUGGAGAAGAUCAAGCAGCGUCUGUUUGAAAACCUCCGGAUGCUGCCUCACGCCCCUGGUGUUCAGAUGCAGGCGAUCCCAGAGGACGCGCCCCACCCAGACAGCGGAGACGAGGACGAGGAGGACCCCGACAAACGCAUCUCUAUCCGGGCCCACGACAAGAGGAUAGCCUGUGAGGAGGAGUUUUCCGACUCUGAGGACGAGGCGGAGGGGCAGGGAGGAGGCCGCAGGAAUGCAGCCAACCAUAAGAAGGCGAAACGAGUGAAGAAGGAGGAAGAUAAGGAAGGAGAGGAAAAGAAGGAAGUGAAAGAGGAGGAGAAGGAGGAAGAGAAGAUGGACACAUCAGGACCAAAAGAAGAAGUGAAGACAACUUGAAGUCUGGCACAGGGAGAAAAGGAUGGUUGUACUGUUGUCCUCAAGCCCCACUGAUUCCUCUAACUGUCCUGCUGUGACGAUAGGACCCUUUUUGUAUUCCUGCUUUAUCAAGUGUUCUGAUGAGCAAACCUGGCUUACACUGAAUUAUUUGCACCCGUCAAGUUGCGUAUCUGAUCGUCAGUUCAGCACGAAUGUCUGAUUGAGGGUUUGCCUGUUUCUGUUGUGUGUGCUGAGUGUAAACUCCAUGUAGUAUGAAACAGAUAGCAGAAAUCCUUCUCAGCUGCUGUGUGAACCAGGUCUGCUUUAAUGUGAAGAAAGUUGUUACUGUUCCUAUCAUGGCAUUUCAGAUUUAAACAAGUUUGUGGGGCUCACGCAAAAAUACGUGCAGAGACAUAGCGCUCACAUGUAAAAAGGCUUUUGUUUUCUGUUCUCAUCUAAUAUACUGUUAGAAUUACCAGCAUUUGGCAAACUGGUGUUUGGCGUGCUGUUAAUUUAUCAGAGAAUGCAUGUUCAGAAUGAUCACGCCUUUAGCAUGUACAUAUUACAGUUCCUGAUCUAAGUUAUUUUAAAUCAUGAAUAGUCUCUCCUUUUAGCCCAUCUUCAUAUGCAUAUCUGGUCAGUGUUUCCUUUAUUUUCCCUCCUGCAUUGUUUGUAUGCUGAAGUAUGAAUGGCUGUGAACCUCUCCAGAGGCUUAUGUUGGGAAGUGACUUGUUUUAGAUAUUUUGUACCAUUAUACAUAAAGGUGGAAUGAGCUCAUUAAAUGGCUCUCUAUAUGUGAUUGUUAGGAGUUCUAUCCUUGUGAAAUGUGCAUUAUCAUAACUUUGUUAUAAA